GCGCGUCUGGAAUGACUAACUGUCAAAUCAAAUCAAGUUGUCAGUUGAGUUUAUUUCAAAAUACACUAAAAAUACUAAGAUUUUCUAGAUAAAUAUUGUAUAAAAUCGUGUGUAGUUAAAGUGGAUCGUUUGGUGAUACAGAGCUGGUGCUCAAAACUUACACAGACUGAACACAAAACACAAUGGAUAUAAACGAAGGUACCACGGCCGAUGAUCUAUGGACCCCUUACAAGGAGCUGGUGGCGGUGGUGGAGGGCUACCUUGCACACGAAGGCAAGGGCGCGCCCUAUGCAGUCCACACAUUUGAAACAGUACUGAGGCGGCACAAGCAAACAUUCCUAUCACUGUUCAAAAACCCUGCAAAGAAUGCCAGUAGUCGGGAGGAGAUAAGGCGUGGGAUCACAGAGGGGGUCACCCUCCCUAGCAUUGGAAGGACACUCCUCUCCAAAGAACUGGUGGAAGAGGCUGUCAUCAUAUCAGAUAUGUACAAUGUAAGUGAGUACCUCUCAUUGGAACUGCUCCACACGGCGCAGCGCCAGUCGCCGCGGCACCCGGGGCUGCCGCGCGGGCUGGUGGCCGUGCUGCUCUACUACGACGGCCGGCGGGCACUGGUGCAGGCUCUCAAGGAACUAGUCAUGGCUAGAGAUGGUGUUUGCUGGUCAAUCAAUGCUCGCGAAGAGAUAAUCUCAUAUGUGUCCCGCUACGUGGAGCAGUUGAUAUCAGACGGGUUGCUAAGCAACGCUCUGGACUCUCUGCGCCGCUUCACGCUGGAAGUGGAGAUGGAACUGCUGCAGAACAACCGCGCGCUGCCACCCGGCAGACACCACGCUACCCUCGUUAAUACUAUAGAGACUACUAGAAAACUGCUGGCCGGUGUUGUAUUCGCGGCCUCAGCACAAAGGGGACUCAGUAGGGAUAUUAUUUUGAGGAUUAUUGCAGAGCAAACAACGUCGCCGACGCAAGGUCCAACCGGUGCGCUCGACGAGAUCUCUCUCGCCUUACAAAUGGCUCUACUUUAUGCACUGGAUUUAUCAGUAUUACAUAGGCGUGAAGACGGCGAAGAGUUAGCCAAGAAGCUCCCUCUCAUCCAAGACCCAGAGCUGAUCUCUGUAUUACUGGAUGAACUGUCCGGUACACCAGCAGAACAGGGUCGAGGGGCCGGAGUCAGGGCUCUCUGUCAACUGUCCCUGGGGUUAGCGCUCGCGGCGUUGAAGAGGGCGCCACAGUCGUUAUUGAGGCGCACCAACUCGCCACAUCUUAAGUGUGAGCUACUGGAUCAGGAUGAAAUGCUGGUCGAUGCUGCUAUUGAUGGGAAGGUGUUCGAGUACCUGGACGAGGCGAUUCUGUCGACGGACCUGGUGGCGAAGGAGGAGUACUACCAGCGCCGCAUACACACGCUCAUCACAGACUUCAUCGUACUCAUGCACUCCAAGCUCAUGGAGAUGAGGGUCAAGGCGGACGAGGCGGCGCGCGCGGUGUCGAUGUACGCGGCGGAGGGGCUGGCGGCGCCGGCGGGCGCGGGCGCGGGGCGCACGCGGCUGGACGCGCUGCUGCGCUGCGUGGAGCGGCUGUACGCGCGCGACCCGCUGCGCCUGCGCGCGCAGUACUGGGCGGCGUGCGGCGGCGGCGCGCGCGGCGCGGGCCGGGCCGCCACGCUGUACAAGUUCGUGCGCCUGUCGGGCGAGGUGCUGUGCGGCGCGCUGCUGGCGGGCUACCUGCGCGCGCUGGCCAGCCUGGCCGUGCCCAAGCACACCUGGGCGCUGCUCGCCAAGCGGGACGCGCUCUCCGCAUACCAUCUGCUCACCGCACUCGCCAGAUACCACAGCAACCUGCGCGCAGACCCGGCUCCAUUCUCAGAACACGUCCAUGCGUCGUCGCUGGGUGCGUCCGCCAUUGUAACACCCGCAGCACGACCCGGCAAAAUGCUCGUGCGUCAGGAAGAGGUGGAGGCGUUGAUAGCAGCUCUGAAGUUGAUAGCGAGUGUUGCGCGCGAAGACCACGCCGCCUGCGCAGCCAUCUGCGAGAACUUGCAGUGGGAUGCUGUUAAUGUCAUGUUCGGUCUGAUCUGCUGUCAUAUACCACUGCAGCUGAAAGCCGAGCUGUGUCUGACACUAGCAGCGUUGGGUAGUACUCCGGCCACGGCUGGCAGGGUGUGGGCAGCUUUAGAGGCUGCCCAUCUCGUCUCCACCACCAAUGACAAGAGGGCGCUUAAUGCUGAAUUACAUGAGGUGGAGUGUCGCAUGGAAGAGUACCCGUUGUCCCGCGCGUUCCUGGUGCUGCUGGACUCCCUGUGCGCGGCGGCCCCCCUCCCCCGCGCGCUGGGGGCGGGGGCGCGGCCCCCCGGCCUCGACCCCUACGUCGAGCACGCACUCAACCGCCUGGCUCUGCCCGCGCCGCACAGGCCUUACGCCAAGCCCACUGAGAAGUGGCAGAUGCUCUCCCUCUGCUUCCGCCUAUUCGCCCGUUGGCUGGAGUCGUACGAGCCGUCCCCGUCGGACUUCCCCCCCAUGGGGCGCGAGGCGGACACGAACCCCCCGCCCGGGUUCCGUCUGCUGGUACAACUGCAUACCAAGUCUGAGCUGCUGCGUCUACUGCUGACGUCACUCGAGGAGGCACACGACCUGCUGGACAAACAUCCACAUCCUGCUAGAGAGUACGCGGAGCAGGCGCUGGUGAGCUGCCUGCAGCUGCUGGAGCGCGCGCUGGCCCUGGAGCGGCCGCUGCUCACUGCCGCGGCUGAGGCUGGCCGCGCCGUGCUGCUGGUACCGCUGUCUAAACUCAUACUCGCCCCGGAGGGCAUGGAGGGCAGCUGCCCGCUGGUGACGUGCUGCCGCGUGGCGUCGCGCGCCGGGCUGCAGCGCGCCGCCGCCGCGCGCGCCGUGGCGCUGCUCGUGCGCGCGCUGCGCCCGCCCGCCGCCGCGCGCCAUCUGCUCGCCGCCGUCACGCAGCGACACGCACUCGCCGCAGAGAUACGAUAUGGCUUCGUGGAAUGUUUGGAAGCAGAAGAAUGGUCAGAACCAACUGUUCAGGCAGAGGGUGAGAGCGCAGAGGGAGAGGGUGCGGGAGGCACAGGCACGGAGUCCGUGAACUACGUGCGGCAGGCCAAGGAGGGCGUGCUCGUACUACUGCAGCACGUACUGCCCACUGCGCCGCCCAAUUUCGCGCACUUCCUGCUCGGAUACAAUCUGUCAGAUGAUGUGAGCCGCAGUUCCCUGAACGAGGCGGGCGCGGCCGGGUACCCGCGCACGUGUCUACACUCCAUACUCGACAUACUGGAGCAACACAUCGCAUCGCAUAACAGGGAAGCGAACAACCUGGUGGAGAGUUGUUACCGCCUGUUGUACUGGCUGUGCGCGCGCCCCAAUACUUCGGCGCCCAUCCUGAGGUUCCUGAGGACCAGGGACUACUUCCUCUCCAGACAUGUCAAGGCCACUGUUGAUCUCAAGAGCGCGUCAGUGGUGUCGGUAUCAGCGCGGUCGUGGGUGGUGCGGGCGGCGGCGUGCGAGGCGGGCGCCGCCGCGGCCGGCCGCCAGCACGCCGCGCUCGCCGCGCUGCUCACCGCGCUCACCCAUACCGCGCAUCAUCCCACGCAGGAAUGGGAAUGGUGCCUACUUCGGCGGACACUGGAAGAGUUGCCGGUGAGCGUGGAACCAGUAGCGGAGCCUCGCUGGGAGCUGUUCCAGGCACACCAGCUACGGCAAGCUAUAGCGUCCUGCGAUCUACCUACUGGUUUAGGAGGUAAACGUAUCAGCGUGUCGCGGGUACACGCGCUGCUGACUCGGGAGUUGGCUGCGUUACACGCCACAGCGCCGCAAAGGAACCUCGUCGCAACUGAGAUACAGAAAGUGCUGGACUACGUGACAGAAGUGAACAGACAGCGCAAUCUAGCGGCGACGCUGACGCACUACUACGACUCGUGGCGCCAACUCACUGAGAUCUUAUUCUGCGUGGCUCCGCACGACAUACUCCCGCUGGAGUCCCGCAAGAACCUACUCCUCAACAUUCUACAGGACUUGCUUAACAAGAUCCCACCAGCAGAAGUACUCCCACAGCUCGGCAACCUGGCCUCCGGGACCGUCCUCCUCCUUCUAGUCAACCUCCGACACUGUUACCUCCUACAGAAAAGAGAGUCCAACCAGAAAUCGUCAGAAUUCGAAAUGAGUUUCUUUGGACCUUCCAAUCAGAUCAUGCAGACGAACUCUCUAACUCUAAAAUUCAUUCUGCACAAGAUUCUAUCCUGGAUCCUCGUGUCUGGAGGGUCUACACAGAAGAUGAGGGUCAAUCUCUACGGAGCGUUGUUGAACUACCUGAACAUUGUCAACUUGAAGACGAGUCCCGCUGACCCUGAGGAAGAGAACAUGCCGACCACGUACGUCAGUAGGCUGGACAGUUCUAAAGCUCGGCCCAGCAGGGAAGAGUCCGCCUUGAAGUCGAUGGUGAUAGAUGUGAUCAGUGACUUUGGUGAGAACCUGUGUUCCAUAGUGUGCGGGGACUGCAUCGGGGCGGGGCACGACGUCUGCCGCAUGGUGGCGCUGGCGUGCCUCGACACGCUCAUCGAGAUCAACCCCAGGACCGACUGGGUCAACACACUCACCAACCAGGGGUACCUGAGGAGCUUGAUCGAUAGUUUGUUGCAAGACGAUGAAGGGCUCAAGGAGACUCUAGAACCGAACCCGAAGUCGCUCCGCGUGCUGUACGUGUACGAGUCGAAGAUGGGCUUGCUGCUGAAGCUGGCGGGGUCGCGCGCGGGCGCCGAGACUCUGCUGGCGCAGGGGGCGCUGGCCGCGCUCGGGGGACUCAGCGCACUCGCCGCGCACCCCGACAUACACACCGGGUACGCGUCGCACAAGGAUACCGAGUUCGUGCCCAGUGUUGCUAACAGGUUCCGUCAGAUCCUGGUGCCGGCGCUGUCGCUGUGCGACGCGCUGCUGACGACGCUGGGCCCGCACAACCACAGCUGCGUGCUGCACGUCACGCACGCGCUGCUCAGCCACGUCGAGUGCAUCGACGCCGUGCUCAGGGCGGCACACCCGAACUCUCCAGUAGAACUACUAAUAGAAGUGGAAGCGAUAACGUCAGUGAUAGGGCGGGCGUCGAACCGCGAGGUGUUCGGCGGCGCGGUGUCUGUGGAGCCGACGGCGCUGCAAGCCAGCGCGGCGGCCGCGCAGCGCGUGCGCUGGCUCAUGCUGGCGCUGCUGGCGCGCUUCCACCGCCCCGCCGCCGACCUGCCCGACCAGAACAACUCCAACCUACUCUACUAUAAGAUCGUAUGCAACCUGCUCACAUACGCUCGCAACAUAAUGUGUGACUCGACGGGUCGCUGCGUGAGCCUGGCGGCCGGGGAGGGCGCCCCGGGGGCGGAGGCCGGGGCUGCGGCCCGACUACUGGCGCUACUACAGCAUCUUGUACGGGCACACACACACCACGACAAACUACUCGCCACCACCAGGCAUCAGCUGCACAACCUGCCUACUAUGAGUCUCGACGACAUGCGCAAGCUGGUGCCGGAGGAGUCGUCGUCCCUGUCCCCGGUGGAGUGCCGCGGCCGCGCCGUGUCGGUGCUGGCGGCGCGCGUGCGCACGCGCCGCGCCGAGCUGGCCGCCUGCGCACACGCACUCGACUGCGCGCUGCAUCUGCUCUGGGCGCACACCAGGGUGCUGCUGCGGGCCGGACUGCCUACUGAUGAUAAUGACAACUCGCUACUGAACACGUCAGGCGCGUGGCGCGGCAGCGGGGACGACCUGCCGGAGCUACGCAAGGAACUCAUCGCCGUGUUCAACGACAGGUUCACUGAACAACUGCUAGAUACUGCCAAGAACCAGCCCCAAGUGCAGCGCAGUUUCCUGGAGAUCCUGGUGAAGGACAUCAAGACGAUGGUGCAGUUCUCCCCGCUCUGAUCCAAUCAUGUUACUACUAAUUGUUUAUACGUUAACUAAACUAUGAUGUCUCCUACGAUAAUACAUUUAAUUUUGUAAUUAAA